GUGACUUCUUCCACAAUGGAGAACUACCAGAGGAUCGAGAAGCUCGGAGAAGGCACUUAUGGCGUCGUCUACAAAGCGCGCGAACUGAAUCAUCCGAACCGAAUCGUCGCACUGAAAAAGAUCCGCCUCGAAGAUACAGACGAGGGCGUUCCCAGCACCGCCAUCCGCGAAAUCUCCCUGCUAAAGGAAAUGCAAGAUCCCAGCGUCGUCCGCCUGCACAACAUCGUCUACGCCGAAAGUGACAAUCUCUACCUCGUUAUGGAAUUCGUCGACCUCGAUCUGAAGAAAUACAUGGACGCUCUGCCUGUUAGUGACGGUGGACGCGGCAAGCCUUUGCCAGAUGGGUUCUCGAAGGGCGGUGCUACGAUCGGUCUGGAUGAAACGAUUGUUAAGAAGUUUAUGGCUCAUUUGUGCGAGGGACUGCGCUAUUGUCAUAGUCACCGGAUUAUUCAUCGCGAUCUGAAGCCCCAGAAUUUGCUUAUUGAUCGUGAGGGGAACUUGAAAUUGGCCGAUUUUGGUCUGGCUAGGGCCUUUGGUGUGCCGCUGAGGACGUAUACCCACGAGGUCGUCACUUUGUGGUAUCGCUCACCAGAAAUCCUGCUCGGUGCCCGGCAAUACUCCACCGGUGUUGACAUGUGGUCUGUCGGUGCUAUUUUUGCAGAGAUGUGCACCCGUAAACCUCUUUUCCCCGGUGAUUCCGAGAUUGACGAGAUCUUCAAGAUUUUCCGCGUUCUCGGCACCCCCAGUGAAGAAGAAUGGCCCGGAGUCACCUCUCUGCCUGACUACAAGGCAACAUUCCCGAAAUGGCAACGUCCAAACAAAGAGAUCGUGCCGACUUUGGAGGACAGUGGCUGCGAUCUUCUCGAGGCCCUGCUGCAGUAUGAUCCCGCACAACGGCUCUCAGCCAAGAAAGCCUGUGUACACCCCUACUUCCGUCAUGGAAGCUCCUAUUACUCAGGACGCAAUGCAUCAUAG